AGUUGGUUGAAGUUUGAAAAUUUGUUGAUUUCCAAUUGUUUACGGCGCCUUUUUUUUUUAUGAAAUAGAUUAUCGUUUAUUUUAGUAUUAUUUUAGUGAGCAUGAACUCUUCCAAAGAUAUUUCGGUUCAGAUAUUGAAGUGUGUCGAAGAGGCUACACGGGAAAUUUUAAAUUGUCAUGGAACCAAAGGAGGGGAUGAUUCAAUGUCAAGCCCAACUGAACUCUUUCUGAAAUUCUUUCCUUCAAAUUUGGCAUCAGCCAUCAAUACUGUUUAUUUCAAAGAAGAUGAGCAUGCAUGUAGCACAGAAAUGGAUCAAACUAAAGGUACCGAAAAAUUAAGACAAAACAAUUAUUUUUGUGUUACACUCCACAUUAAAACUUUACCACACAAAUUAAAUGCUAUAGAGGCAAUGGAACAUGAAAAAACUGUGAUGGAAAUAAUUGGCAAGAGAAGGCAAGGGACAACAGCAUGUCGAGAUGUACUACAGAAAACUUUGGCCAUUGAGCAAAAAAGAAUGAUGUCUUUGGAGGUGGCUUCAGAAGUUGUUAAUGUGCAGAAGUACAAGAGGCAGUCAGUGCCAUACAAAAAAGAAGAACUAAAACUUGGGGCUAAGAAAAUUUUGGAGAAUCUAAAAAGUGCUGCAAAGCAAGCUGUUGAUUUGAACUGUCAUGCUGAAGAACUCACUGAAGCUGCAAUAAUUUUAAAAGAAGCUGACACAUUUGACUUUUAAUCAAUUAACACGUUUUAAAAGUAUGUAUGUAAUGAAAUGUCUUGAAUAAAUUUCUGUUUUUAUGAA